AUGACGGAAGAUAAAACUGAAGCUAUUUUAUCAUAUGAACAAUUAAAAACUCUGCAUGAAAAUUAUCGACAAGAUAAGAAUAAUCGUCUUGCUCAAUCAGCGUGCUGUCAACAAUCACUCACUGAUGUUAUUGUCGAUCGGAAAACACGUUUUUCGUCAAUUCAUAUUUUCAAUACGAAAUUAUCGAUCGAAGGUCGACCGGUGACAAAUCAAAGAGCAUCAGGCCGUUGUUGGAUGUUCGCUUGUUUGAAUGUCAUUCGUAUCCAAUUAAUGAAAACAUUGAAAAUCUCUGAACUUGAAUUAAGUCAGAACUAUCUAUUUUAUUUUGAUAAAAUUGAACGAUGCCAUUAUUUUCUCAUGACAAUGAUCGACUUGGCUAAAAAGAAAGAGCCAGUCCAUGGUCGACUUGUGCAAUAUCUUUUGAAAGAAUUACUUAUUGAUGGAGGUCAAUGGGAUAUGCUCGUGAAUUUGAUAAACAAAUAUGGUGUUGUACCAAAAAGUUCUUUUCCAGAAAGUUCCUCAUCAGAAGCAGCAGCUCUUAUGAAUAAAUUCCUUCGAACUAAGUUACGUGCAUAUGCUCAGGAAAUCUUUGAAGCAUUUGAAAAAGAUGGUGUCAAAGAAAGUGAUAUAAUCGCACGAGAAGCUGAAAUGAUGAAAGAAGUUCAUCGAAUUGUCACUAUAUGCUUGGGAUCACCACCGGAACAAUUCACAUUUGAAUACUAUGAUUCAUCGAAACAGUACCAAAAAAUUGGUCCUAUUAGUCCAAUUGAUUUCUAUCAACAAAUUGUUAAGCCGAUCUACAAUAUUGACAAUAAAAUCUGUCUUGUUCACGAUCCUCGAGUAUCCCAUGAUUAUGGUCGGUUAUAUACGGUUGAAUAUCUUGGAAAUAUUGUCGGUGGUGAGAAAACUCGUUACAAUAAUCAGCCGCUUCGAGUUCUCAAACAAGCCGUAUACGAUUCGAUUGCUGCCGAUGAAGCCGUUUGGUUCGGUGUAGAUUUUGGUAAACACAUGCAUGCCAAAUAUGGCAUACUUGAUAUGAACAUCUUCAAUACUGAACUUUAUUUUGACUCGCACUUUCCUUGUCAAAACAAAGCAUCACGAUUAGAAUAUGGAGAAUCAUUGAUGACACAUGCCAUGGUAUUUACGGGUGUGCAUGUUGAAAAACGUUCUGCAAAUGAUCAACAGGAUAAAAUGAAAACGUCGGAUGGUGAAAGUACUCAGCCGAAUGGCUUACAGUUUAUUCGAUAUCGUGUAGAAAAUUCCCAUGGUGAUGAUAAAGCCGAUAAAGGUUAUCUUGUCAUGAGUGAUGAUUGGUUUAAUGAAUAUUUAUACGAAGUGGUUGUCGAUAAAAAGUAUCUUUCAAAAGAUGUGACCGACGUCAUGGAUCAAGAACCCAUUGCUUUAAAAGCCUGGGAUCCUAUGGGUGCUUUAGCAUGCUCUCAUAACAAAAUAACUGAGCAUUAA